AUGUCCACUCCCCUCAGACCACCAUCGAGGUCAAGUACGUCGAGCAACCCCAAAUCUCUCAAUGAUUAUCAACUCGGCGACUCGCUUGGUAAAGGUGCAUUUGGCCAAGUCUAUCGCGCAUUAAACUGGGCGACGGGGGAGACGGUGGCGGUCAAAGAGAUCCAGCUGAGCAAUAUUCCUAAGGGCGAACUUGGCGAGAUCAUGUCUGAAAUCGACUUGCUCAAGAAUCUCAACCAUCCAAACAUUGUCAAAUACAAGGGGUUUGUCAAGACGCGCGACUAUUUAUACAUUAUUCUAGAAUUCUGCGAAAAUGGUUCUCUACACAACAUCUCGAAACGGUUCGGCAAGUUCCCUGAAAACCUUGUCGCAGUCUACAUCUCGCAAGUGCUUGAAGGGCUCAUGUACCUCCACGACCAAGGUGUCAUUCAUCGCGACAUCAAAGGCGCCAAUCUUCUCACCAAUAAGGAUGGGACCGUCAAACUGGCUGACUUCGGUGUCGCCAGUAAUACAACAAGCGUGAAUGACGGGGCCGUUGUCGGUAGCCCAUAUUGGAUGGCCCCUGAGGUCAUUGAACAGAGUGGUGCUACUACCGCUUCCGAUAUCUGGAGUGUUGGAUGUGUUGUCAUCGAGCUCUUAGAAGGCCACCCACCGUAUCACACACUCGAUCCGAUGCCUGCUCUUUUCCGCAUCGUGCAAGACGACUGCCCGCCCAUACCUGAAGGCGCUUCUCCCAUCGUCAAGGACUUUCUCUAUCAUUGCUUCCAAAAAGACGCCAAUCUGCGCAUUUCAGCCAAAAAGUUACUCAGACACCCGUGGAUGGUAGCGGCAAGGAGGCAAUUGACAGACGGACGAGAGCCGGAGGAGCAAAAACCCAGCAGCUCAAGGCCUGAAGGACAAGCACAACAGCGACGGCCGUUGAGCAAUUAUAAUUAUGAUGAGGCAGUCUUAAAGGUGCAAGAAUGGAAUGAAGCCUUGAAAUCUCCUUCUCGGCCUUCGAAGCAUCCUGGUCGCAAUGUCAGUGGUCGGGCAACCUCACCGACACGUGAAGUCGCCACAUCUCCCUCGUCAAGCUCCAAUGCUCAAUGGAGAACCACUUCAGCAAUGCAUCCCAAGCCCACUUCAAACCUAGCCGAAAAAAUCCAAAUUCCGCCAUUGUCAUUCUCGUUACAGCCGCCAGAAGAGCAGACGGAUAACUGGGACGACGACUUUGAAGAGGGUAUCUCGCUUACGAAACUACAAGCAUUGGAGAAGCCUGCCGACGAAAAUGUUACCACCUCUUCAGCAGAGGAGAACGCCAAAACGAUUCGGCCCAAUAAAAGUCCCGCUCCAAAACCACCCUUGCCUCUCGCGAAGCCACCAACUGAAGAAAAGAUUGUCGAAGAUUACUCCGAUCUGGUGGGUGGGGAUGACGACGAAACCCUGCUUGAGAGUAAAGUAAAGGAUUUCAAGAUGAAGAACUCUUUUCGCAAGGGCCUUUAUCAUCCCGACGACAUAAAGACGUUCGGCCUGGGGAAUUCAAAUAGCCCGUCACCCCCAUUGUCUGCGCCUAGUCUCACUGGCCUUUUCAAUCGCUCGACCUCUGAACCUCGACCUGCAAAACCAGUUCUGAGCCCUCUCGUUGGAGUUCCACAUAUGAACGGGCCUGCCUCAGCUACUCUGGCCAGUCUGCAUCAAGCUUCUGGCUCCAUGUCUUCUGCUGUUCCGCAGUCGAUCAGGAAACUCUCGCAUUCAAGAUCAACAUCAUUCACUGCGGGUGCCGUCGGACUUGGUGGAUCAAUGGGACGAGCGGAGGCCAGACGUGUUUUGAAUGAGCAAGAGUUUGGCAAAUACCAGGAGGAGGAAGACGAAGACUAUGAAGAUGUAUUUGGGAAAGUUAACGGAGCAGGCGUGGGAGAGCAAGCUGGUGCUUUACAGCUGACAACGCGAUUAUCGAACCGGUCUUGGCUUGGUGACAACUCGGAUGAGGAAGACCCGUUCGCUGAGAUUGAUGAAGGUUUCGCUGAAGACGACCUGGAAGCCAAUCUCCAGCGAGACAAGUAUGCGCGGUUGUGCAACAUGGUCAAUGGCCUGAUCGACCAACUGACCCCUUCGGCUCCGGAUUUUCAACUGCGCGACGCUUGUGAUCAACUACUGAAUAUCAUCACCGACACACCAGAGAUGCAGAUGCAAUUGGUUUCUUCGCAUGGUAUGCUCGCAAUUCUUGAGGUCCUGGAGAGCAAAUGUUCCCGAGAUGUUAGCAUUCAGCUGUUACAACUCAUUAACUUGCUUGUCAACGCCAACCUCGGCUUUCUUGAGAGUUUCUGUUUGAUUGGUGGCAUCCCAGUCAUGAUGAGCUUUACCUCGAAAAAGUUCCCCCUGGAAUGCAGGCUCGAAGCAUCUAACUUCAUUCGACUGCUGUGCCAUACAUCGGUUAUGACGUUGCAGAUGUUCAUAUCAUGCCGCGGACUCAAAGUGCUGGUCGAUCUGAUAGAUGAGGAUUAUACGGAACAGAAAGAGCUUGUUGUACAUGCACUCAACGGUAUAGGCAGCGUCUUCGAGCUGCAAAGCCCCACGACCAAGAACGACUUUUGUCGGAUGUUCAUUCGCGAAGGCCUGCUGGAUCCGCUUUCAGCAGCCCUUGUCAAUGUUAUAUCGACCGGUGGAGCAGCAGCGACAGAGACUGAGAUGAAGAUCAUCCAAAUUUUACUGGUCUUCUCACAGGUCUCGCAGUCAGACAUCCAUGUUCGCAACGCUCUCGGGACCCGAAAAGUUGUUCGACGUUUAUUACGCUCGUGUGAACUACUGGAGCCUGAGUGUCUGGUGCAGAUGCUUAAGGCCGUUAAACACCUGUCGAUGAACGCAACUCUUCUUGAAGUGCUCCAGAAUGCUAAUGCUAUCGAAAUCCUCGUAAAGAUACUCGAGGAACAGUCUUCUGGUCCACAUAGCACGGAAAUGUCCAACCACAUCUUCCAGACUUGCUACAAUCUCUGUCGUCUAAACAAGUCUCGGCAAGAAGAAGCGGCUCAGGCGGGAAUCAUUCCCUGCCUUCAGCGUGUCAUCGAGACCAAAUCCCCAUUGAAGCAAUUCGCGCUCCCAAUCUUAUGCGAUUUGACUAGUGCGGGUAAGAGUUGUCGAACGUUGUUGUGGCAGCACGAUGGCCUCACAAUGUAUGUCAAACUGCUCGAGGACCCAUAUUUCCAAGUGAGCGCACUGGAAUCCAUUUUAUCGUGGCUGCAAGACGAAACCGCACGAGUGGAGGAUGAGCUGACCAAACCACCGUCUGUGGCUGCGUUGUUGACCUGUUUCGUUACCGCCAAAGCGAAUUCAUUCGAAAACCUUCUCGAUCCGUUCCUCAAGAUCACGAGGUUGUCGUCGUCUCUCACGAUCGCCAUUUCUCGCUCUCCAACAUUCAUCAAGCGCAUAAUCGAAAGGUUGGCGCCCGCAGGCGGUCAUUCCAAAGAGAAGGCGGUCGUCCGACUGAACCUGCUUCGAAUCCUGCGAACGGUUUGCGAGGUCCAUCCCAACCGAGCGAUGCUGGUCGAGCGAUAUGGCCUGUUGGGAAUCGUGGAAGGUCUCAGCCGAGGGGGCGGCGAUGGCGCAGUGCUUGUUCGCGAGCUUGCACGGGAAAUUGUGCCUGUCCUCAAGCCUGGUCUCAAGCCCGCUACUCCGUCAGGAUCUCGUGCGAAUGGAGCGACAAGAACUUCUGCUGCCAAUAAUGGUUCUUCGGGGUCUCAACAGGCAACAGCUCUUGCACCCAAGAAGCUUCGGAGGACGGCGUCAGAGACGGUUGGUCCGUCGUUUGGAUCGACGGCCAGAGCGGGAAUUGGUGCGGGUGAUGCACAACCCGCCGCGAAGAACGGUAAACUUAAAGCGGGAAGGCAAAAGCUAGGCGACAUUGGGUGGGGGCGCUGA